AUGGCACCUCCAAACUUCCCAAAUGGCAUGCCCUUAGAUUACAUCGGCUACGCAGCCCUCAAAUACCCCGCCUACGCACCCGCGCCCUUCGACGUUCCAACAGGCAAUAUUGUGGGCGCUUUACAGAGAGUUCCUACGGGGCCACAAAAUCAUAUGACAGUGCAAAUUGCCUCACGGUAUCUAGAUGCUCUUAUCGACUACCAACUCAGCGAUGCCCCUGCCCUUCGCGACCCAAAGAGCCCAGAAUACUACUUCUCCUCCGCACUCACGCUCCUCAAUUUCAUGACCGGAAACCCGGAUGUAUGUAAGCGGAUCGUAGCCAAGCCAGCCAUCGUCAACAAAGUCAUAGAUAUGCUCCUUGAAGACGGUGUGGAAGAGCGUAUGAAAGCCGUUCCCAGACCAGGGGGUCCUCAUUUCCCCGCCGCGUCGUUUGACGAGGAUUUCGGGAGCGCGUUGCAAUUCGUGUCGACGAAUCUGUUGUAUAAAGAGGAAAUGCAGGAAUUGCAUCCGAGGAUUCAGGAAUUGAUUCCGAGGUGUCGGACGUGGAAGAAACAGUAUAAGCAUAGUCGAGUGAAGACGAUUAGUAAUGCGUCUGAGAGGAUUGUAGAUCAGAUACAGGGUAUGGACCCUGAUAUGAUUUCCAUGGUUCGCGGGAUGCAGGAUCGGACUUUGGUGUGUGGGGUUCCUUCAUGUCGGGUUACUGGGCCGGAUGGAUUGACAUUGUGUGGAACAUGUCGAAUUCAGCGGUAUUGCGGAAGAGAUCACCAGAAAGCGGAUUGGAAGUAUCAUAAGCAUAUUUGCAAGAAAGGGUUGAAUGAAGCUGCUGUACUGAAAGAGUCAGGACUGGAUUGA